CCCCGGCGGUCCAGUGGCUCCCUGUACUAUCUGACAGUCCCGUGCCGGCUGAGAGAGGGACACAGAGAGAGAUGGUGCUGACUGGUGUCUGACAAGUAUUCUACUUUAUGACGUCAAUUACACGGGGAAGUCAUACAUGUUUUUUUAUGAUUUAUGAGUUUUAUCCAUCGAAAAUCGGACGGAAAUGUACAGCAGCCUUCUGUUUUUGUGAUGCAGGGACAUUCAGUUAGAGAGGGCGCUCGUGAAACCGUGGCAACAUUUAGCUAGCUCAUUCAUACCUUUAGUUGGAAUCUGGUUAAACACGUUUCUGAAAAACUUGCUCACUGACAGCAGCUAAAUACAAACAAACAAUGUUUCUGAGACACGUCCGCCGGUUCCCGUGGGUGACCAACGUCACCCUGUAUGGCUGCCUGUUCGCCGGAGGGGACUUCGUCCACCAGUGGUUCUCGCGCAGGGAGAAAAUGGACUGGAGGCACACGCGCAACGUCGCAGUUGUCGCAUUCAGUUUCCAUGGCAACUUCAACUUCUUUUGGAUGCGUUUUCUGGAGCGCAGAUUUCCCGGGAACUCCGCCAUGAUGGUGAUGAGGAAGCUGUUCCUGGACCAGACGACGGCAGCGCCCCUCGCUACCAGCGUCUUCUACACAGGUGUCAGUUUCUUGGAGGGCAAAGAGGACAUCCUGGAGGACUGGAGGGAAAAAUUCCUGAACACAUAUAAGACGGGACUUAUGUUCUGGCCAUUCAUGCAGUUUGUGAACUUUGCCUUGGUGCCUCUGUACGUGCGGACUACCUUCACCGGCUGCUGUGCUUUUGUCUGGGCAAUCUUCCUGUGCUUCUCACGUCAGAGCGGUGAUGGCACAGCUGGUGCUGCUCUGGCAUGGAUGUUCCCAUCCAAAGAGGAGGGAAAAGAAUCCACCAACGUAGACUGUAAGGAUGAGGCCGGUGCCCCUAAAGAGGGAACAGAAGCACCUAGAUCCACAUAAUGGCACGAAACCUGAAUAGAAACUGGUCCAGAGGACAAUAGUCCUGGUUAACUCAAUGGCUGAUGUUGCACUAACAUUGUUGAGGUCAAAGGUUGGACUGUAAAUAUUUGUCCUCAUGAGGCUACACGUGAUUCGAGAAACAGCUUCCAGAACCAGCACAUUGAAUGUAUAUGUGGUAUAUUUUAAUGUUAUAUCGAUAUUUAUGCAGCACAGUGGAAAAAUAUCAUUCAGUCCUAACCUUCCAUGCUACGAUGAACUAUUGCCAUCUUAUUUUUUUUUAAUUUUGAUAAAUGCAGCCUUGUGUUCUCACAUAUACAACAAAGGUCCUAAUUCAGCUGAUACAAAUAGUUCUGACGACUUAGUGGAAGUUGUGAUGAUAAGGAGAAGAUUUAUAAUGAAAUGAAAAGCUCUAAUAGUUUCCACCACGUGGAACGGCAGCUAAAUUAUUACUUUUAAUUUUGUACAAUUUGGGAACACUUAAAACUAGAAACGUAACUAUCGCUCUUGUGUCUCUAUUAGCACAAGUUUUAGACUGUUAUCUGAGACUGUAAUGGAGUGCCUCAUCUCUCUGUGCUUUCGCUCCAGUUUACACUCUGGUACGUGCAGUGCCAAAUACAGAUGCACACAGACACUAAUGAUAUGUUAUAUUAUAUACCUGUGAAUUAUUUAUGUGUCGGGACACAUAAGAUCCAUAAUAUGCUGAGUGAACGGUACGAGUCCAUACUGUAGAAAAACAAUGGAAAACAUUUUGUUGUGUAAUGUAGAUCUGAAAUUACAUUUGAUUUUGUUUGUUUGAUUUUAAUAUCUAAAUAUAAGACAGUAGUGACAAUAACUUUGAUUUUACCCGGUAAUAAUUGUUGAGGUUUGUCUCAGAUAUCCAUUUACUUGAAUAUUGAAAAGCUGCCUCCUUGUUUUUGUAAUGUACGUUAAUGUUAUUGUGUGGAGUCCUCUCUGUUGUCACUGUUGUCACUGUUUCAAGUUCCAAUGUUACUUUGCAGGUGUUUUUGCCUGCAGUGGUUUUAAAAACUGACAUCUGGUGCCUCUGUCAAGCAGUUUUCUACUAAGGUGAAUAUUGCAGCUAAAUACGAGUGAAUUUAAAGAAAUUUAUACAGCUAUACAGAGGCCAAACAUCUCUUUUCUGCCUCAGGCAGAUAAUGCAUUAACUAACUUUUGAUUUCAUAUGUGUUUGCAUGUGUCACUGAGAUUCCUGGAAAAAAAUCCUCAAAGAGGAUUAAAUUAAUGAUCUAAAAUAUAAGUAAUACAUACACUAUUUUAUACAUGUGUGGUGCUGGGUGGCUGUAAUAUUUGUUGUGUCACAACAUAAAAAUGAAUGCUAUUAAUAAAAUAUUAAUAUAUUAAACAGUGUUUGGACUGUAGAAAAACAAUUUAACAGCUGCUUGUCCCUGUUGUCUUUUACGUUGCAUCCCGGUAUAAUAAUUGAAUAUUAGUGUAUUAGAGUGUUUGCUCCUUAUGGAUGAUUCCUGUUUAUUUGAUUAUUUGGUUUCAUUUUGCGCUAACUGCACAGACAUAAAUAAUAUUGAUUGACGAAUAAAGGAAAUCAUCUCAUUGA